AUGACGGAUCCGCGUCGCCCUGAGUACACCGGUAGCAAUGCUUUCGCGGACUCAAGAGGCAACAAAAGACCCGCCAGUCGGUCACCAGAACCGGUGCAACGUCAGAAGCAGGUCCGGCAGAAUCCGCCAUCAGGUCCGACAAAUGGGGAUCCGCGUCAACCAGCACGCGGACUCACGUCACCGCAAGAUAAAGCAAACACAAAGUCGCCUGACAGCAGAAGCAGUGCGCGGGAUGGCUUGUCGAGCGGUCGUUCAACCCCACAGCACCCGCCUAAGUUAAGCAAACCCGACGCUGCCACCACAUCUGGUGCAGCAACGCCUACCGCAAGUAUGAAUGGGUCCCUAAACCCUGUUGUCGAAGCUCUGCUCGACUUCACCUCCCAGAACGCACAGCAUUCUGCACUUCAGGCUUCAGUACGCGUAAGACAACAACACUACGAGACGACCGUGAAAGAGUACAAUGCGAUGAAGGAUCAAUUCAAAGUGUUCCCUGCAGUCCAGAAAAGCAAGACGACUGCUAGAGAGAACAGUUUGAAGGAGCUGAAGGAAGCCCAGCAGGAACUGGCGGAUCACGUGACGUCAGAGCGCGGUCACAUGCAAAAGCUUGCUCAAGUAAUUGGUGAGGCCGCCAAGCCUCAACAGCCAAUCAUCAACAAGGAAGACUUUGUGUCACGCGAGAUGUUCAAUGAAAUGAAGAAGGAGAUGGAAGAGCUGAAGAAAGAAAUCUCAGGGGUGAGAGCACAGCACGCUGGCUUGAAGAUAGAUGUUGGGGAUGUCAAGAACUUCAACGACACGACUGUCAAGUCAACAGUAGGGCAGAUCACGCGUUUGCAGAGCUCAGUUGGUGAGUGCAACAAGAGCAACAAGGAGUUGGAUUCAAAAGUCUUGAGGCUAGAGGCAUCUCAGCGUGAUGUCGACAGGAAAGUCGAGGCACUUGAGCAGUGGAAGUCUGAAACCAUAGAGACAACCAGCCAGCUGGGGACAGUGCGAAGCGAUGUCAAAGCUCUUCAAACUGCCAACACGAAGCUCUUCGCCUGGAAACCCGACGCCGACAAAGUAAUUGGUGCUCUGUCUACUCUCAACACUCGUGUUGAUGCAGUUGCCAAGCAAGCGGAUUCAAUCAAUGAGGACGUGAAGGCGCUGCAAAGCACCAGGCUGCCCGACAACAUGGACAGGGAAACUGACCAGAAGCUCAAAGAAAGGCAAGCUGAACUGGAGAAGCGACACGGAAAGACAGAGCGAGACGUUGAGCGCAUUGGCAGACUAUCCGCAAAGAGCUCUGAAGCCGCCACAACUGCCCUCAACAAGCUACACGAGAUGCGAGCUACUCCAAAUGGCCAGGACAGCGCUCACAUCAAGCUUAAAGAGGAUCAGGUGGCCCUGGAAAGCCGACAGGACGGAUACGACCAAACGCUUGGAAGUCUUAGGAAGGCCGUGAACAAGCUGUCCGAAGACUUGGGCAAGCUGCAAGCGAAAGUAUCUAUUUCUGUCACUGGGCGUGCUCUACAACCUGGCGAGAGCGUCGGCCCUGACGGCAAUAAUGGCGAUGCAGACGGUAUUUACCACGCAAAGCGGCUUAGUGAACAAGCGGUGCGCACGAAAGACGACCAGUCUGAGGAAGACGAAUCUGGAACUCAGAUGGCUAAGGCUAUGCUUGCCCGAUUUCAGGGCAAGCAAGGGAGCGCUCCAGCGGGCCCGGAAGGACAAGCUGGCCCAUCAAGACCUUCUAGCGAGCUUUAUGCGACCAGAGAAUCCGUCGAAGAGCUCGAACGUCAGCUGGAUGCGCUCCGUGGCAUCCAAGAGGACGGGCAGGACAGCAUGAUCCAGCACAUCGAGGAUGCCUUGGGGGCGAUCAAAACGGACAUGAGCGAACUUCGCACCGCCCGCGAGACGUCGGUGAAGGAGAUUACCGUGUGCAAGUCAGAUCUGAGCAAUGUGCAAGCCCGUUUGCAGAACGUGGACUUUCAGCUCCGCCAGAAGGUACAGACAGAAGUCAUUGACAGGUUGAGGCAUGAGCUUCAGGAACGCGCCAAGGGAUAUACCACUAUCAUGGACGACUUGAAGAAAUUCAAGGACCAAGUGAUGCCCAUGAUACACCACCAGCAGGUUCUCGUCAAUCAGCUACAGCAACAGGCUCAGCAACCACAGCAGCGCCAGCAGCAGCAGCAGCAACAGAUGAGGUCGUCUGAAGGACCUCGUUCUCAUACGCCCAUCCAUCCUCAACCAGCGCAGAGCCCGAUCACUGCACAAUCGCCACAGCUGCCGAACGGCCGCGUUCCUUCGCCGAUGGUAAAUGGCGUCCAAGCCCCCGGGGUGCCGAUGUCUCACGCCCACAACCCGAUGCAAUUCAUGCCACAAGGAGCCGUUCAGCAACUCCCUCCCAUCCAAGAACAGAUCAUCGCGCAAAUCCAGAAGAUGCAAAUGCAGCUCGAUCAAGUCGUUAUGAUCUCUCAGCAUCAAAAGCGUCGCAUGGACAACCUCACCACGGACGAAGUCGUCAAGUGCAUGCUCGACCAGCUGGCGAACGUGUGGCCGCACGCCAAGAACUACGAGGCUUCGCUCUUCAGCAUACAGAAGGGCUGUCGCGAGCUCGAGGAGCGUGUGACGGGGAUGAAGACUGAGAUGGACGGCGAGAUUGGCAAGAUAGACAGUGCGCUGCAGAACUCCCGCUCGGCUUUUGAGGAUUUGAAAGCGGAUGUUAAGGGGUUGCAGGCGAGCAGUGGGAAGCGGGAUGAGGGCUUAAAGGCCAGUGCUGAGGACGUCAAGAAGUUGAGCGGAGAUGUGAGGGCUCUGCAGUCUUUCGAUCUCAAGAAGCUCGAAGACGACGUCAGCCGGAUUGAAGAACGGGCGAGCAAGCACGAGCAGAACGCCAGCCGCAUGCAUGAGGCUCUCGAGAGUCUCGCCGAGCUUGAGGCUGGCUUCGCGGAAGUGAGAGAUUCUGUGGCGAACCAGCAGGGCCAUAUUGAGAUGCUGAGGGAGUUUGUGGAAUCAUGA